AUGUUUCUCGUUUCUGCGCUUCGUUACGGGCGUGUACCUUUCACCACUAUCGAGGAAGUCCUCGCCGCCGCUGCUCUCCGCCAUGAUCGUAAGAUUGUUUGGAGUUCUCCGGAUGAGCCUGUCCUUCUCUCUCUCGGCAGGUCGAGAGAUGGUCUGGACCUCAAGAAGCCCGUCACCGAGAAAGUGAUGAACAAAUCACUUGGUCAAAUGGCACUCCAUGCUGGUGUCAUGGCCGGUUUGAAAACUCAUGACGUGCGCCGUGGCAAAGCGCGAGGUACUGCACAUAUCAAGAAAGAGGUCCUCGGAGUUCCAAACCGCAUGGUCGCCAACAUCACCAAGACGUUCAAUGUGAUCGCAGACGACCAGCUCGACAAUAGCCUUGCCCCGAAAUGCGCUCCAUUAGGCAGUAUCACGAAAUUCUCUGGUCCUCAACUCAAGGCUUACAUGGACAAGAACGGGCUCAAGUACUAUCCCCGUUCUCACGCCAAUACGUUGGCAUUAGAGGCGAUGCGACCAGAGGAGCUUGACAAAUUCCACUCCGAGCGUCAAGCAGUAACACCUCUGUACGCUCCGUCUGCGGCUGUGCCAGACUUUCUCCCUCACAGCCUCGCUGCCUGUGAGCCCUAUCCCGAGCAACCCUCCCUCGCCGGCAACAACCCCGUUGACGACUCUGCAUAUGGCUCCAUGCUUGAAGACUUUGCCGGAGAUGCCUUCGAUCGUAUCUCCACCAUCAACGACACCAUCGACCCGGCCUUGCUAGACGAGCAAUUCAACAACGACUACGAGCAUGGCGAAGUUGACGAAGCCCAGCUCGACUGUCUCUCACAGCUGGUGCAGACGGCUGGUCAGGACAUGGACGCCGACGAGGGAUCUUUGGAUACACAGCUUGAUCAUGUACGUCUUCAAGACGACGAUGCCUUUGACGGAGCACUUCUCGGCGAUCUUCUUGCUGUCCCUCCUCCGCCACCCCCGCCUACGACUGUGGAGGUAGAUCCCAUGCAGCUCUCUGGCAAUGACUUUGUCAGGUUCUUUGCAUCAGUCGACUUGUAUCUGGACACAGAUCGUGAGGAACGUCGCACCAAGAAUGCUCGCCCCGCCGGCGGCAACAGCAAAGACGACCCUUCCCUGCUCAUCUUCAAAUGCAAGGUGGGUUCGUACACUGUCAACAAACUGGUCAAGAUUCUUGUCCAUCAAAAUGCAUGCAUGAAGCGAUCAUCGACCCAUGCCAGUCGAGGACAAAGUACCAUGCAGACGGGCUCCGGAAUGUCCAAAGACCUUCGUUGA